GGGACGAGAACAAAGUCGUCAUGCGCAGUGAUCCGUUUCUAACGGUAACCGUGGGUUUAUCGGCUGACAACAAUCGUCCGCGCCGAGCGUCCGUCGGCCGACUACACAGCCCCGAGACAGGGAAACGCGGCCGUGUCAGGCCUCGGCACGGACCCUUCCGUCCCCGUCGUCUAGUGGUAACCUCUUCCAUGGCCUUACGUCGUCCCAAGAGAUGGAGGAACCCCAUUCUGGUCUUCGCCGCCGCUCUCUUCUCUCUCUAUUACUUUUCUCUUCCGUCCGCGUGCGGCUCCACCCCUCUCCCCUCGCCCCUCUCGCGAAAACUUUUGGCUCGGGAGACGGACAAUGCGACUACCGUCGUUCCUCAGUUUCCCGAGGAUCUCUUUUCCCUGGACCAGAAGAGGAUGGGAGCCGUGGCCCUUCACGUUCUGGGUCUGGUGUACAUGUUCGUGGCCCUGGCUGUGGUCUGCGACGAGUUCUUCGUCCCCGCUCUGGAGGUCAUCACCGAGAAACUCAACAUUCCCGAGGACGUGGCCGGGGCCACCUUCAUGGCCGCCGGGGGGAGCGCCCCCGAACUGUUUACCAGCGUCAUCGGUGUUUUCGUCUCGUACGACGACGUGGGCAUCGGGACCAUCGUGGGUUCGGCCGUAUUCAACAUCCUCUUCGUCAUCUCCAUGUGCGUGGUCUUCAGCAAGUGCGUCUUACGCCUCACCUGGUGGCCCCUGUUUAGGGACGUCAGCUUCUAUUCUAUAUCCCUGGCCGUGCUCAUCGUCUGCUUCAGGGACAACGUCAUCCACUGGUACGAAGCCGUCGUACUUCUGGUCUGCUACGUCUUCUACGUCAUUUUCAUGAGCUUCAACGCUCGAGUGGAGAAGUGCGUGAAAGCUCUGAUGAGUAAGAAGUCCACCAAAAUAGGAAGCUCCGAUCACCUGGUCAACAGGACCAUUCGAAGGGGGGUGGAAGAGCCGACUUUGCAGGCGGGUAGCAAAUUCCGUCAGGGGCUUCUGCAGCUGAUGAUUCACUCCAUCGAUCCCCUGUACGAGGAAGGGAAGUCCGACAACUCGCAUUUGCAAACCGUGGCUAGCGUCAGGGUGCUUCUGGACGCCGCACCCCUCGGAGCCUCAUUUCCCGUCGAGACGGUCCCCGGCCACCCCUCUCUUCGACCCUCCCGAGCCGAUAAGGGAGUUCAGACCGACAUUUCGGAACUCGACGUCUUCGCCUUGAGCGAAGGGGCCCGAAGGCCCCGCUUACAGCCUCUUCCUCUCAAAACCGAAACCAAAGUGGAAGGCUACGAGAAUCCCGCUCUGGAGAACGGCGCCCCUCCUCCCGAACCCCGUCAGGAACCAGUUGGGGAAACGAAAGAAGAGGAGAUACCUCCCUCGGACCCGUCCGAACCCCUGGACAUGAGUUGGCCCAACACCACCAGAAAGAGAAUCAGUUACGUCUUGUUGGCCCCCAUCGUCGUCCCCCUCUGGAUAACGUUGCCCGACGUCAGGAGGGAGGACAAGAAGAAGUGGUUCGCCUUCUCCUUCCUGGGUAGCAUUCUGUGGAUAGCGGCCUUUUCGUACUUAAUGGUCUGGUGGGCUUCUCUGGUGGGGGAAGUAGUCGACAUCCCCAACGAGGUCAUGGGGAUGGUCUUCUUGGCGGCGGGAACCAGCGUUCCCGACCUGAUUACCAGCGUUUUGGUGGCCAGAAAGGGUUUUGGCGACAUGGCCGUGUCCAGUUCCAUCGGCAGCAACCUCUUCGACAUAACGGUGGGUCUUCCUCUUCCCUGGCUAUUGUCGGCUCUGAUAUUCGGCCCGGUUCGAGUCAACAGUUCGGGAAUGAUCUGCUCCGUGGUCCUCCUCUUCAUGAUGUUGCUCUUCGUCAUCGUCAGCAUCGCCGCCUUCAAGUGGAAGAUGAACUUGGGCCUGGCCCUGGUCAUGUUCUUCCUCUACUUCGUCUUUGUGGCCCUCAGCCUCCUGCUGGAAUACAAAGUAAUCUCUUGUACGGACAUCAUCGAUUCGGUUAGUCUGUGAAUCCUCUUUCUUCGGCCCAUUAACAGUAGUUUAGAAGAAAGUAGCUUAGAGUAAGAAGCGUUUCCGGUGGAGAGACAAGAUCCCCUCGGAGGGGUGGACACACACGAACAAAGAAAGAAAAGAUAUAUUUUAGUCGACGGACUCGAUUAUUUUUCUACGUCUUCGAUCGACGAUUCGGAGAAAGCGCGAAGGUGGUUCGCCACCCGUCGAUACCCUUCAUUAUAUGCCACGACUCGACACUUGUCCCGAAAUAUCGAUCUCUUCGACCAAAGUCCCGCUUUUGAGUUCGUCUUCCAUCUCGUGCGACGAUUUUCUGGCAUCGUCCACCCCCUCCUCUUUAAAUAUAUCCGUUUUUCUCUCCAAUUUUUCCUCUCUCGGAGCCCAUUUUUUGUAGAAAGACCCUCUUCUUCCGAAUAAAUCUCCGAAUUGCUCUGUAAAUAUCCCGUUUCUCUCCGUUCAUCUUCCCUCUUCUUCACCCGUUCUUCAGCUUCCGGUGGUCUGCACACAAUUCCUGGUUUGUAAUUUAAUUAGAGGAGGAUUACAGCUUCUCGUUUAAUAAAUAUUUUUAUGAUCUCGCA